UGGCCGCAACAUUUUGCCGACUACUCGAUCCGCCCAAGUGUCAGUUUGAGAGGUGUUUGGUUUUGUGUUUGUUUGUUUGUUUAUUUCGUAACCAAAGCCGUCCCGCGCUUCGUGAUUAAAGUUUGAGAUUCCUUGGCAGACCAGAACUGGCAGCAACAAUAGAAACCGCGCACCGCUGGACGACUUCAGGAUAAUUCUGACACCUGGAAACCUGCCCCUUGCGCGCGACUGUCAAGAUGCCUGGCGCGUUCGUGGAGUCUUGCAAAAAUGAGCUUAAAGUACGCAACUGUGGCUUCGCCCAUUUGCCGGCCGAAGAAUUCGUCAAGUCUCAGUGGCAAACGCGGACCAAGUCGAUCUUCUUCCUGCUGUAUCGGAUGGCGCUGGCGAUCUUCUUCACCGGCGUCGUCAUCAACUCGAUGGUCGUGGCUGCCGAAACGGCACACUUUGGCAAAUACUUCAUCUACCUCACGCACUGGGGCAUCCUGCUGUGCAUGGUAACGACCGUGAUGGGUGCGGUUCUGGUGAAGAUCUGGUACUUCCAUCCGGAAUACUCGGAAACGGUUUGUGGCUCGGACGAGAUGCCAACGGUCUUCAAGUUCUACUGGAUGCUACACAACAUCACCCUGGUUCUCUCCAUUUGCAUCACCAUCAUCUACUGGGCGAUACUUCACAAUGACACAAUGACAGUCGAUGCGAACAACAUCCUGAUCCAUGCCUGCAAUUGCGUGUUCAUGUUUCUCGAUCUGAUCAUCGUGGCCUACCCGGUGCGCCUGUGGCACGUGGUGCAACCGAUCGCGUUCGGGCUGAUCUACUGCACAUUCUCGGUCAUCUACCACGCAGCGGGCGGCACAGACCUAUUCGGGCGGCCUUACAUCUACAACGUGCUCGAUUGGAGCGAACCCGGAAAAGCGAUGGUCACGGUGGUGGGCACAAUCCUGCUGGCGAUGCUGGUCCACAUACUGAUGUUCGCAAUCUACAAGCUUCGGGUGAAGAUCUACUCGCGCUACUUUGGCGGCAAACCGAUCAUCCCCACCAACUCGACCCUGCAGCUGCAAACCGGCAAAGUGGACCGCGGCAUCUCGAUGGUGUACGGAAACGACAACAAGGGAUUCACGAUCGGUGAGAGGUACUGAGAAAGGCGGCUUUCGGGAGGACAUGUAUUACGCAGAGCAGUUCCGCACGGCACUCUGCGCACGGAACCGACGGCGGGUUCAGUAGUAAGCAUACGACACCAAGGGUUAAAACACGGACGGUAUUUGCAUUGAAAACUCAUUAAAGUAAGCUGUACGUCGUAAGA